AUGAGCCUGAACCUAUAUGAAGCAUCACGGAUUAAAAAUCGUGCAGAUGAACGUGAUCAUAUACAAAAAUGUUUGUUUACCAACUGGAUUAAUGCUCAAUUAGAUGGAGUCUAUUCAUCGGAAUUUCUCAAUUAUCUAUCUUAUCCAAAUGAUCUACAUAAUAGUUGGGCAUAUCAUAAUAGUUCAAUGAAUAGAUUAACACAUUCACCAUCAUGGGAAGUAUCAUCAUCUACACAUAGAUCCUAUGCUAUUGGACAUACUUAUUUAGUGAAAGAACUAUAUAACGAUUUACGUGAUGGAAGAAUUUUACUACGUUUAUUAGAAUUACUUUCAGGAAGACAAUUUACAAGAAUUAAUCAUAGCAGAAUGCGAAUUCAUCAAUUGGAGAAUAUCAAUAAAGCACUUGAUUUUCUUUAUGAAGAAGGAGCACAUCUUGAAAAUAUCGGUGCACAAGAUAUUGUCGAUGGUAACCCAAGAAUUACAUUAGGUCUAAUAUGGACAAUUAUAUUACAUUACCAGGUUCAGGAUAUCGUUGUCAAAGAAUCAGAUGAAACUGGUGAAGUUAGACAUGCAAGAGAUGCUUUACUACUUUGGUGCCAGCUUAAAACAGCUGGAUAUCCUCAAGUUGAAGUUGUUGAUUUUACAAAAAGUUGGCGAGACAGUUUAGCAUUUGCAGCUUUACUACAUCGACAUUAUCCAGAUUUGAUUGAUUAUGAACGAAUACGUCAUAUUGAUAGUUUACAAGUACGGCUAGAAAUUAUCUUUCAACGAGCAUAUCUACAUUUAGGCAUACCAAUACUCAUCGAAUCAAAAGAUUUUACUCAAACAUGUUGGCUAGAAGAACGUUGUGUAAUGACUGUUGUUGCGACAUGGUAUCGUUAUUUAACCAGUUCACAUAAUACAAAAUUAUCAUCGGAACGUGUUAGUAAAGUGAUUCAACACAGCUUAAUUAUAAGUCACAAAGUAUUUGAUUACAUUAAACAAGCAAAACGAUGGCUUAAAUGGUCCAAUGUAAAUAUUAAGCAGAUUAACCAGUUGCUAAUUAAGUUACAAGAAUCGAAUCACAUUAGAAAUGAAUUGGAUGUAAAGCAAGAAUUACAGAAUUUAAUGAUUUGGCGCCGAAAAGAAAAAGCAGAAAAAAUGUCUGAACUAGUCCAAUUAGAAACCCUGUUAACUGAAAUUCACACUAGUCAAUUGGCUGAAUCACAUCGAUUAUUCAAACCGCCAAAUGGUUUCAGCCUUAAUGACUUAGAAGAAUCUUGGAAAUGUUUAAUCACAGUUGAACAUAAUUGUCAUUUGGCUAUUGUAGAUGAAUUAAUCCGCCGAGAAAAUGUAAGUCUAUUAGGCAUAAAAUAUGAACGUAAAAUUGAAUUAUGCUUAAAUUGGUUACAAGAGAAUAUACAAAUUAUUAAUUUAGCAACACAAACUGAAGAUAUGAAAUUAUUAGAACAAAUGAAUCUAUUUAAAGUAUAUUUGAUUCAGUUAACUACUACUACUACUACUACUACUCAUGAACACUCCCAGGAAUUUCAGCAGGAAUUUCCACUUCAUCAUUUAAUCAUUACUCGUCAUCAAAUUACAUUAUCACAACAGAAACAUUCCGCUUUUAUGAAUGAUACAGAAACGUAUAUUCAUUUAAAAUUAUAUAAAUUAAAUGAAUUAUUACAAAGGUUCACAGGAUCAUCUAUGCCUCAAUUACAAUGGGAUAAAUAUCAAAAUCAAUGGAAUCAUUUAUUAAUAAUCAAUAAUCGAUUACAAAUGAAAUUAUAUCAUCGUGAAAAUAAUUUAAAAUUCUAUCAAGAAUGGUUAGAUUAUUUAUUACAAUUCAAUAAUCAGUUUGAGAUCAUUAAUAAUCAAUAUAAACAAAUCAAUCAAUUAAUCAAAGAAAAUCAAAUCCAUUUAGUGGAUACCUAUAUAGAUCAAUUACAAAUCGAUAUCAAUCAAUUGAUGAUAUGGAUUGAAUCUGUAAAAACUUUAUUGAAUAGAAUAGAUCAUUCUGAAGAGAAAGAUCUUGAUGAUGAUGAUGAUGAUGAUGAUGAUGAUGAUAAUAAUCAUCAAUCAAGAUCAUAUUUACAAAUCAAUAUUAGACAUAGUUUAGAAUCUAUUCAAUGGUAUCAUACAAAUCUUGAAAAGAUUUUAUUAGAUAUAAAUCAAUGGAAUACAAUAAUAAAAAAUGUAUAUCGUUUAUUGAAUGAAAUGAAUGAAGAAUUAUUAUGGAUAAAAGAUCAAAAUGAUUCAAUUAAACCCCUUGAAUUUCUUAAAGAGGAACUGGUUGAAAAUUUCGGUCAGGUUGGUGUACAGACUCAUCAUUUGCAAAGUAGAUUACAUCUACUUAAUAAGGAACUUCAGUUAAGAUACGGAAUUAAUUAUUAUGACCAUCAUUUUUCUUCAUCAAAUCAAACAUUGUAUGAAGAAUUACAUCAAAUUACAACUAAGUUGAACCCUAUGAAUUUCAACCAACUAACCAUGAAUGAUAUUUCUCUAAUGAGUAUUUUAAAUAAGAUACAUCUUGAUGAAUACAAAUCAAAUGAAACUGAAGAAUAUCAUGGAAAUGAAAUCAUCGGGGACUUGAAAAAAUGCUCACUAAUACGAAUAUAUGAAGAUAUUAUAUUAUCUUUAGGUAAUAUGCAUCUAUCCAAUUUUCCAUUGGAUAAUUCAACAUGUACAAACGAUCAGAAUAUUCAACAUAAAGAACAUUGUGCAAAAGUAGUUGAAUUCGUUACAUUGUUACAGAGACAAUGGAGUAAACUGCUGAUUGCAAUUGAAGACAUAAAUGUUAAACUAGCAAGACAUCAUCAAUAUUUAAAUGGAUUAUAUAGCUUAAUUAUACUCAAUACUAAAAUUGAAGAAACUAAUUUAAGAAUAUGUGAAACAUAUAAUGGUGUUCAAUUGAUAUCAAUGCUUGCCGACUGUUGUCUUGAACCUGUUCGAGAUAAAACAACACAGAAUGAAGUUAUUGAUAUGUAUAAUACGAGAAUGAAAUCAACAACAAUUACGAAUACAUUGAAAGAACAAAAAGCUAUAACAAUUAAUAAAGAAAUUGUCAUUAAUUCAACAUUAAGGCAAAUGGAUCAUGUAAGUAACAAGCCUAUAGUGACCAUGUUGAAAUGA